AUGUCAGAUUCAGAAAUCCCACAACACGAAGAAGCUGCACCAGCAGUUGAAACUUCUUCAGUCAGCAUUGAAGAUGCUCUUAAAGUUGUUUUAAGAAAUUCUUUAGUACAUGAUGGUCUUGCUCGUGGAUUAAGAGAAGCCUCAAAAGCUCUUUCUCAAGGUCAAGCUCAAUUAUGUGUCUUAUGUGAUGCUGUAACUGAAGAUUCAAUUAUUAAAUUAAUUGAAGCUCUUUGUAAUGAACCAGAAGAAAAAAUUCCAUUAAUCAAAGUUUCAGAUGCUAAACAAUUAGGUGAAUGGGCUGGUUUAUGUAAAUUAGAUCAAGAAGGUAAUGCUAGAAAAGUUGUUGGUGCUUCAUGUGUUGUUGUCAAAAACUGGGGUUCAGAUUCUGAUGAAAGAAACAUCUUAUUAGAAUCCUUCUCAAACUAA